AUGGCGUACGAACUGCUCUGGGAUGCUUCUUAUGAAUAUCUAGAAAAACACGCUGCCUUCGUAAAUACGCUCACUAAUUUAAUGCUAGCAAGAGCAAAGAAUCUUCGCUCUCAGCUAUUUAGCAACGAAUUGGUAAAGAGCCCUACAUUCUUAGAGGAAUUUAAACUAGCGCACGAUGAGCUGCAAAACAUGAACAAAACACUGCAAUUGGUAGUGAACGACUGGAAAAGCUUGUUCGCGGAAGUAUCUUCAAGAUGGACCAUACAAACAGGCCCGCAAUCGAUUGCGUCCAACGCUGAGCUCACCUUUGAUUACAUCAGACCAACGCUCGACUAUAAGGCGAAUGAGAAAGUACAACUCAUUGUCACUUACAUACCAGUACCGUCGGAUGGUAUUUUUUAUGCAAUGGACGAAUCGCGGAAAAACGACUUCAGCGCCAAUUUAAUGCCAAUCCAAACAACGCGCAAAACUCUGCUGGAUAAAUCACCACCGCCCGGGACGGUGUUUAUGAUUUUGCUGGACAAUAUGUGGACGCGUGCGGUUUGCAGCGUAUUCACGAAUGGCAAAACGCCCCAAGCAAUCUAUCUGCUGGAUUUGGGUGAAAUAUUGUGCUAUGACGAGCAUGUUCCAAAAGCUGUGCUUCCUGCCGUGUUGAGCAGCGUACCUGCGUACGCGAUGAAAUGUUCCAUUGUUCCAAACACUGCUUCGUUUUCAUUGAAACUAUAUGAAACCGUAAACUGUACCGUGAUGGGGGUGGAAAAUGAUAUGCUAGUAGUAGAACAUAAUGAAGAAAAGCAAGAAUACUCAAUUACCCGGGAAACUUCAAAAGAAGAAGAUUUGAAACAAGAAGGCAAACGUACAACAAACGCAACGGAAAUAACUAAUAAUGAAGAAAAGCAAGAAUACUCAAUUACCCGGGAAACUUCAAAAGAAGCAGAUUCGAAACAACAAGAGGGCCAAAGUACAACAAACGCAACGGAAAUAACUAAUAAUGAAGAAAAAAAGGAAUGCUUGAUUUCCAAGGAGAUGUCCACAGAGGCAGAAUCAGAACGGCAAGGUGAUGCAAGUUCAACGCAAGCAAAGAAAUUGGCACCUAGCGAAGAACGACAAGAAUAUGCCAUCACCAGAGAAACGUUUACAGAGGAAGAAUUGGAACAGCUUGACGAUAUAUCUCAAAGUACAACAAACGCCAUGAAAGCUGUGCUCGGGUACGUGCCAACGGAUGACGACAGGCUCUGCAAGCAUUACAACCCGAAGACGAAUGGCUGUUUCAAAGGAAGCAACUGUCGGUUACGACAUGAACCGAAAGAUCCGAACGGUUGGACGCUUGACAAAGACACGGUGUCCGUCUCCGUUCCAGCGCAGAUGGAAAUGCCACUGCCAAACACCUACGUUACACUGCACACGACAUGUAUUAUCGAUGUGGACACGUUCUAUGCGCACGUCAUCCGAGACAGUUCAGACUACUCCAAGUAUGAACAACUAAUGUCGGAAAUGAACGAUCCAGAGGUGGUGGCCAAUUAUAAACCACUUAAACUAAUGCCCGCGCUUGGUGAAUUAGUAAUUGCCAAGUAUGAAGAUCUUUGGUACCGGGCGACAGUUUGUGACGCUUUCGAUCGCGCGGUCAGUGUGUUUUAUGUCGACUACGGCAAUACGGCGAUGGUUGGAUCAAACGAGGUGCGCCGCUGGGAGGAUCGCUUUAAAUAUAUCCCAUUCCAGGCCGUUUGUUGUCGUAUCUCCAAUAUACAGCGCAUCAAACCGUGUCAUUUGGAAGCUAUUCAGCAGCUGUAUAGUUCCAUUCUGGACAAACAGCUAAGGGCCAUGAUAAUUGACAAUAAGCAUCCAUGGGAAGUUAUACUAUAUGAUAAAGAUAAUUUUGACAUCGGCGAACAACUGAUAAAAGCCAAUUUAGCGCUUCCGAGGAAACCAUGCAGAUUUGACGAAAACUCUUACAUCCCCGGUUAA